AUGGCACAGAGGUUCCAGCUAGCACACUCUUUGUCUCUAUGGAUCUGUGAUACUAUGGAUAUUUCUUCUCUUUUAGAUACUUUACAGCGGUGUCCUGAAGAAAUAAUUCUAUCUAUAUUCGAUUUUUUACCAUCAUCUUACAUAUCCCAAUUCUUUCUACACUACAAUGCAUUUUUCAGACAAUUAGUAAUCCAGAACUACUACUCCAAUGAACUACAUGUAGUAUUAUCGCCUACAAGGCGACCCCACCAUUGCAUUGAUAAUGAUAUACAGAGAAAGGAGCUUGUAGAUUUCAAUAGCUAUGUAGAAAUUGACGAUUUCCUCACGGAAAACCCUGAUAUCAAUCCUCAAAGGUUGAUAAUAAUCACUGGUGGAGAUUUUAGAUCAUUAGAAACGUUAUUGUUGAAAUAUAGAGAUCGAUUCACCAACAAAAUACUGGAACUACAAUUCCAAAUUGAAAAAUACGAGCCGACAAUUAGCGAUUUGCAAUUAAUAAGUGAAUUCCGUGGUAACUUGACUAAAUUACAGUUUACUCAGCUAGAGUUCCUGGCAUUAAAAAAAUCUCCAACAUUUCUCUACAACUUACAAAACUUAAACCAAUUCGUAUUAUUGGGUCAUAAAAUAUACAAUUGGUCUAAAUUGAAAACCGUAUUGCCUCCGAAUUUGCAGCAAUUGGAUAUUUCUUGGAAUGAUGAGUCCAAUAUGUCACUGCAGUUGCAAUUGCCCGAGAGCGUGACUGACUUAUACUGGAACCAAGCUGGUGUUGAUGAUCGUAUAUUGAACACCAAACGGUUCCCGCUGCAUUUAAAGACCUUGAUGUUAACGUAUAAUAGUAUAUCCACCAUAGAUCUUGGAUCGUUGCCUCAAACAUUGGAAACGAUCGACUUACUGUACAACUGUAUAAAUACAUUCGUAGAGGGAAGCGAUUGGCCUCCCUUACUCAGAUCUAUUUUGUUAUCACAUAAUCUUAUUAAUGAUGAUACACUUGAAUUACUACAAAGUUGCCAAUGGCCAACUAAUUUGAAGAAUUUGAGACUUGAUAACAACCCGUUUACCACUUUGAAAGAUUUAACAAAUUUGCCUAAUUCCAUUGAGUACCUAGACCUAUCGCAAACAAGAUUGACUAGUUUGAAUGUUUUACUGGACAGAGAGAGGCGGACAGAGAACCAGAAUCACGUAGAAUACUCAUAUUUUAAAUUCCCCGUGUAUUUGGAAACAUUGAAUCUAAGUAAUAGUGAAUCUCUACAAUUCGAUGAAAAGGAUAGAAUACAGUUCCCCAAGCGGCUAUUAAACUUGAAUCUAGAUGAAUGCAAAAUUGAGAGAUUAGAUUGUUUCAGUUUCCCAGAUUCGUUAUCCAAAUUGUCGCUUUGUGGAAACAACAUUCAGAAUUUGAAUUCAUACGAAGACGUUUCGUCCGGCUCGGGUACAAACUCUUGGACUUGGUCCAAAUUGGUCAAUUUAUCACAUUUGGAACUUUACUUGAAUAAGAUUCAAACGCUAGAGAAUUGGUUUCCACCUUUACAAUUGAAAUAUGUCGAUUUAGGUAAAAAUCAACUAGAUUCACUAUCCAUGGAAAACACGCCAAUUUUUCAAUUUCAACAUUGUCAACACUUGAAGUUGCAGAAUUUAAGAUUAGAGAUUAAUAAUAUCUCAAGACUUGAUGAUCGCAUCGUCCUACCGCCGUACUUGCGGAAUUUGCUGUUGAAGGACAAUUCUCUACUGGGGGAAAUCAAUAUACCUGCAUCGUUUGUGAAUGGUUGUCAAUUGGAAAAUUUGGACUUGAGUGACAACUCCAUUGAGAAGUUGUCAUUCUCCCCGACCACGACUGUCCAAGGAGAAGUGAAUUGUAACUUGAGAUCGCUAAAUCUAACGAGGAACUUGAUCUUGAAACAGGGCAAGAACAAUGAAACACUCAAGAUGUUUUAUGAUGAUAUCGAGAACGGUUUGGGUUUGAAGGUGAGUAAGAGGAAAGCGAAUGUGAAUAGUUUGCACGAAUUUUCAGUUGCGGCAUAG